AUGUCCCCACCACGGACCCACGAGCUAGGUGGCACUUACGGCAAAGGAACAGUCGUCGCCAAUUAUGCUUCUGGUCAAAUCCUCGAAGCCACGGUCGAGAUAACUGCCUUUCACAAAGGAUACUGGUCCUUCAAAAUCUGCCCGGAACCCACCAUUGAGACGAGCCAGCGGUGCUUCGACAAAUACCCUCUACAGUUAGAAGAUGGGGGAAUCUUCUACUACCCACCGAAAGGGGGCACUUUUACUACUCGCUACCGCUUGCCAGAUGGUUUAUCUUGCGAUCACUGUAUUCUACAAUGGAGGUACAUAGCUGGGAAUAACUGGGGACGCUGUGACAAUGGUACAGAAGCUGUGGGCUGUGGAAAUCAAGAAACCUUUGGAGCCUGUUCCGAUAUAGCCAUAUCUCCCCUCCGAUACACAGAACCGGAGAGUAUUCCCUUGGAUUUAAAGUCUGCGCAAGGUCUAUUUCGACUUCUGCAAAAGGCAAAUGUUGCGCCAUAUUACACCAAACCAAAGAAAAAAUUAAAUAAACGCAAGAGCCACCGGAAACCAAGAAAUGAAGUGAAGGCCAAGAAGAGAAAAAAGAUGCUAUGGCAGUUUGUAGCACUGACUACCUUAACGGUAGAAGUGCUUGGUCACGGCAGAGUGCUCCAGCCCCCGGGCAGGGCUACCAUGUGGCGCAUGGGGUUCAAGACACCGGCUAAUUAUGACGACUCUGGUUUAAAUUGUGGAGGUUUUGACAAGCAAUACACGGAGAAUGAAGGAAACUGUGGCAUCUGUGGUGACGCGUACGACAUGUCAAUACCACGCCCCCACGAGCUCGGCGGCACCUACGGCAAAGGAAUAAUCGUGGGCAAAUACGAAUCAGGACAGAUCCUCGAAGCUAUAGUGGAUAUAACAGCGUUCCACAAAGGCUAUUGGUACUUCAAGCUAUGCCCAGACCCCAAAAAUGAACCAGAACAAGCCUGUUUCGAUAAAUACCCACUGGAAUUAGAAGAUGGCGGAUUGUUCUACUACCCUCCGAAAGGUGGUACUUUCACUGCCAGAUAUCGUUUGCCAGACGGUUUAUCAUGUGAUCAUUGUAUCCUACAAUGGAGGUAUGUCGCUGGGAACAAUUGGGGAGUAUGCAGUAACGGAACCCAGGCUAUCGGCUGUGGAAACCAGGAAACAUUUGGCUCUUGUUCCGAUAUAAGUAUCGCUAGAUUGAAAUAUAUAGAUGCUGAGAGUGGGCCUUUAGUGAUUGAAGACGCGAUAACACAGAUAUAA